GCGGCCGGGUGGGAGGCGUCUGUGCGCGUGGCUGUGAUCAGGAAUAGCUCCAGCUAAUGCAGAAAAACGUGGGGGCGUUUGAUACGAACUGCCACCCCAUCACAACCCCGACUUUGCUAGGCGUCUCCCGUUGUAAUACGCGGGGGGUCCCCCCCACUUCGGGGCAGCGGAGGGGUUGUGGCGGGGACCCUGCAACUCUGCAGACGGCCAGCAGCUGGCCUGGCGGCCCCCGACCCCACCCUGGCUCCGGAAAGCUCCCUGCAGCAGCCUUUGCCGAGACGUUUUUCCUUCUCUCCGAAGUUGCUCAAAGUUGGUGACUUUCCUGCCUCGGCUCGGCCAAGGGCGCUGCCCCCGGCGGGCUCCUGCCCCGCCGUGCCUGGGAGGGGGGCUCGGUGGCCAGCGGGAUUUCUUUCCACACCCCUGGGUCACGUACCCACCCCCUCCAGUGGCACGGCCGACUGUGUGUAGCGGAGGCGGUGGAUGCUUCCCGCUCCCCCCGUGUCUGGGGCUCCGGAGAGGAGGCGGAGGAGGAGGAGGAAGAGGAAGAUGACGAGCCAGUGCAAUUAGCCUAACAAGGGACGGGUGGCGGCAGCGGCGACUUUACCCCCGCACUGACACAUCUCCCCUCUCUCCCUCGCCAGCCAUGAAGGUGGAAGCCGGGGAGUUCAGCUGAAGUCCAGGGGGAUCGCCCUGCCCUGCCCUGCCCCAUGGCAGCUCCCUGAAGCCUCCCCCACGUCCCCGGCGCGGGGCCGGCUCGGGUUGCUGCGGGGCGUUGGGCGGGCGAGCGUGUGUUUUCCAAUGAGGGCUCCAGAGGAUUUGCUCCUCCUUUGUAACCGGGAAUGAAAUAAUGGCGACCCGAUGGGCAGCGGGGCCGCCCGGGGCAGAUGGAGGCACCGAGGCGCCCGCAGGCAGCAGCCGCCAGGUCACUUCUUAAAACUUAUGCUCUUUGGAAAUGGACCUAUGUCUUCGUGUGAGGUUGUUCAGCACCCAGUACAAUGGGCUGUGAUCUUGUUUGGGGCCAAUGGGUGUUACAGCAAAGUGUCAAAACAUAAAGAUGGAAAAGAGCAGAGUGAAGUUGUAUCGCCAUUGGAGGAAGAAGAAACAUUCUCUUGGCCUGGUCCAAAAACAGUUGUGUUAAGGAGGACGUCUCAGGGUUUUGGUUUUACCUUAAGACACUUCAUUGUCUACCCUCCCGAGUCUGCUGUUCACUUUUCUUUUAAAGAUGAAGAAAAUGGAAAUAGAGGAGGGAAGCAAAGAAACAGACUGGAACCGAUGGAUACCAUAUUUGUUAAACAGGUUAAAGAAGGUGGACCUGCUUUUGAAGCUGGAUUAUGCACAGGUGACAGAAUUGUAAAAGUCAAUGGAGAGAGUGUUAUUGGGAAGACAUAUUCCCAAGUAAUUGCUUUAAUUCAGAACAGUGACUGCAUACUGGAACUUAGUGUUAUGCCUAAAGAUGAAGACAUCCUUCAACUGCUGCAGUUUACAAAGGAUGUCACAGCACUGGCAUAUUCCCAAGAUGCCUACCUGAAAGGCAAUGAAGCCUAUAGUGGCAAUGCUCACAACAUUCCUGAACCACCACCAAUAUGUUAUCCUCGACUAACAUCCACAGCUUCUGUCAUGGCACAGUCUGUAGACAUACCGCCUUCUGACUCUUCAUUGGGCAAGCAGCAAGCCACUAGACCAGUACGAACAUUGAUGCAACCAGACAGGGCCUAUAGAAUGGAAAUACAAGUGCCUCCAUCACCAACAGACAUUGCAAAAUCAAAUACAGCUGUGUGUGUUUGCAAUGAAACCAUAAGGACUGUUGUUGUGCCUUCUGAGAAGGCUGUAGAUUUGCCAUCGUGUAGAACCAAUCAUGCUGGUCCAUCACACAGGACGGAGGAAGUGAGGUAUGGCUUAAAGGAUCAAACCACUUUAAAAACAAAAGCAUGGACCACAUCACCACCAUCUUCAGUGUCCACUGCCGUUGUACUUCCUCAGACUCCACUUACAAGGCCAGUAGAUCCCACUGGAAUGACAAGUAAAUCUGGAAAUUAUGGAGGACACCCAGAAGGGAUCUCAAGCACUAGACCACCUGCAGGUUCUCCCCCAACCUCUACUAAUCACUAUACUUCUCCAAACUCCCACCAGCACAUAGACUGGAAAAACUACAAAACCUACAAAGAGUACAUUGAUAACAGACGUUUGCACAUGUACGGCUGCCGAACAAUACAGGAAAGAUUGGAUAGUUUGAGAGCGGCCUCUCAAAACGCAACUGAUUAUGUGGUGCCAAAUCGCACUAUUUCACAGGUACGACGCAGAAGCACCUCUCAUGAUAGGGUUCCACAGUCUGUUCAGAUCCGACAACGGAGCGUGUCCCAGGAAAGACUUGAAGAUCCUGUGUUGAUGAAAGAGUGGCCAAGAAGUGCUUCACAAGAUGCAUUAACUUCGCCAUCUAUUAGUUCUAGGAGCCACAGAACUCAGUCGUGGGAUUACCUUGGCAAGCAGGGUGAAACAGAAAAUUUUUGUGCUGAGAAUCUUGUUGCAGAUUCAAAUGAAGACAGAAAAAAGACUUACAAGUGGACUGGAUUUACUGAGCAAGAUGAUCGGCGAGGUAUUUAUGAAAGAUCUAGACAGCACGCAUUUCAUAUGUCCCUUCGAGGUCCCCAUUUUUCUGUGGCUCCAGGUGCUUAUAAUUCAGACAGGCGAAAAAGCAAUAGAGCCUCUGUGUCUGCUUCUCAGUUCCAGAAAGUUCCAUCAGAUGUAAAAACACUGCAGCCGACUAGGGAUUUUCAAAUAGCUGGUGGCAUUUCAAAGCCUACAACCACCUCACAAGAGAGACUGUCUCUUGUGACAGACAGAAGUUCUAAAAGUAACUCUUUGAAGACCUCUGUUCCCUAUGCAGAAAAAUCUUCACUUCCCAUUAAUCAGAGCCUGGAUAUUGUGGCCAAAGACCAAAGAGCAGUAAAUCACUUGCAUCAGAGUGAUCUGUUAAAUCAGCAAUCAAGGAUCCGAGGAGAAGAUGCCCCAGACCACAAAACAGAAAUUGGCAAGAGCAUCCAACCCCUCACUUCAACUGCAGCUUCAGCCAGACUUGUCCAACAGAUGAGCGAGAGCUCAGCUACCUCUGAUAACUUAGAUGUUUCCUUUAGACAAAAAAUUCAACAUUUUGAAAGGGAAAAUGCACAAGAGCCUGAAAUUCAGCAACCAGAUGUUCCGGAAAAUGACACAGAAACAGUUGUCUUCCGGGAAAAAUCUCCUUCUGGUCACCAGACUCCACAGCCUUUGAGACAACAAUCCUACAUCCUAGCAGUAAAUGACCAGGAGGCUGUCUCAGACACUACCUGUUGGUUACCUAAUGAUGCACGUAGAGAGGUGCAUAUAAAAAGAAUUGAAGAAAGGAAAGCAUCAGGUUCCAGCCCACCUGGUGAUUCCUUGGCAUCCAUUCCAUUUAUAGAUGAGCCAAGUAGCCCUAGUAUUGACCAUGAUAUUGCACACAUUCCUGCUUCUGCUGUCAUUUCUGCAUCUGCCUCUCAAGCUCCCACUAUAACAACAGUUCCUCCCAGUCCCACAUCUUCAGUUCCUUUAAUUCGACGUCAGCUAUCCCAUGACCAUGAAUCUAUCAGGCCUACUAUAUUGGAUGGUCAAUCUCCUGCAAAAACUGAGAGAUCCAAGUCUUAUGAUGAAGGAUUGGAUGACUAUAGAGAAGACGGGAAAUUGUCUAUUAAACAUGUAUCUAGUUUAAAGGGAAUCAAGGUCCCAGACAGCCAAAAAUCUUCAGAAGACUCUGGAUCCAGAAAAGAUUCCUCUUCAGAGGUCUUUGGUGAUGCCUCCAAGGAAGGAUGGCUCUAUUUUCGACAGCUUGUUUCAGACAAGGGAAAGCGAGUUGGUGGCAGCAUUCGGCCAUGGAAACAAAUGUAUGUUGUUCUUCGAGGUCAUUCACUUUAUUUAUACAAGGAUAAAAAAGAGCAGACAACUCCAUCUGAAGAAGAACAACCUAUCAGUAUCAAUGCGUGUUUGAUAGAUAUCUCAUACAGUGAAACCAAGAGGAAAAAUGUAUUUCGGCUUACCACAUCAGACUGCGAGUAUCUGUUUCAGGCUGAAGACCGAGAUGACAUGUUAGCAUGGAUUAAGGCUAUACAAGACAAUAGCAACCUCAAUGAUAAGGAUACUGGUGUCACUAGUAGGGACCUAAUUAGCCGGAGGAUUAAAGAAUAUAGCACAAUGAUGAGUUCUUCCAGCAGCAAAACAGAGCCCUCCCCCAAAACACCUCGCCAGAGUCUCAGUAUCAGGCAAACAUUUCUUGGCACUAAAACAGAACAAAGGACCCAAAGUCCUCACUCUCCCAAGGAGGAGUCAGAAAGGAAGCUGCUCACUAAAGACGAGACAAGCCCACCAAAAGACAAGGGAACAUGGCGAAAAGGCAUUCCAAACAUCAUGAGAAAGACAUUUGAGAAGAAGCCAUCUGCUUUAGGAACCUUUGGCGUUAAGCUUGAUGACUGUCCCCCAGCUCACACCAAUAAAUAUAUUCCACUAAUAGUCGACAUAUGCUGCAAACUGGUUGAAGAACGAGGCCUUGAAUACACAGGUAUAUACAGAGUCCCUGGAAACAAUGCUGCUAUCUCAAGUAUGCAAGAGGAACUCAAUAAAGGAAUGACUGACAUCGAUGUUCAUGAUGAUAAAUGGCGAGACUUGAAUGUGAUAAGCAGUUUACUGAAAUCCUUCUUCAGAAAGCUCCCAGAACCACUUUUUACUAAUGACAAAUAUGCAGAUUUCAUAGAUGCCAAUAGAAAAGAAGAUCCUAUUGAGCGGCUGAAAACACUUAAGAGGCUGAUUCAUGAUUUACCUGAACAUCAUUAUGAAACACUCAAGUUUCUUUCUGCACAUCUGAAGACAGUAGCAGAGAAUUCAGAAAAGAACAAGAUGGAACCAAGAAACCUGGCUAUAGUGUUUGGUCCAACCCUCGUGAGGACAUCUGAAGACAACAUGACGCACAUGGUUACUCACAUGCCAGACCAGUACAAAAUUGUAGAAACGCUUAUCCAAAAACAUGACUGGUUUUUCACAGAAGAUGGUGCCGAGGAGCCUCUUACAACAGUUCAGGAGGAAAACACUGUAGAAUCUCAGCCAGUGCCAAACAUAGAUCAUUUACUCACCAACAUUGGAAGGACGGGAGUAUCUCCUGGAGACGUAUCAGACUCCGCUACUAGUGACUCAGCAAAAUCUAAGGGUUCUUGGGGAUCUGGAAAGGAUCAGUAUAGCAGGGAACUGCUUGUGUCCUCCAUCUUUGCAGCAGCUAGUCGCAAGCGGAAAAAAACAAAAGAAAAACCACAACCAAGCAGCUCAGAAGAUGAGCUGGAUAAUGUAUUUUUUAAGAAGGAGCUUGCUGAACAAUCUCAUGGUGAUGUAACAAAAGAGGAAUGUGAGAGAGAGACGGCAGAAAGAAAACAAAGGAUGUUGGUUCUGAAAGAAAAAGAGAACAGCACUAAAAAAGACAUGAUUGUUGCAAAGGAUGAAAAGAAAUCAUUGAGGAAAGAGAGCAUCCAUUUAGAGGAGCCUUCACCACCUUACCAACAAAAAUAUACAAAGUCACCGAAUCUCAGCCACCGGUUAACGGUAGGGAACGAUAGUCCUAAAAUGCCUAUUUCACAAGCCUCAUCCCAGGUUGAAGAGACAGUGUCUGACUCUGGCACUAUGCUUAGCACUUCAUCCCAGGCUUCCCUGCACAGAUUUUCAGGCAAAAAAUUAGCCAGCCCUGAAAUUAAAUGCAUUGAAUUUUUAGCUGCUGAUGUCAGUUCUAUCACCUCAGAUUACUCAACCACUUCAUCUACUACAUAUGUAACUGGCUUAGAGUCUAAUAUGCUGAGCCCUGAAGUGCAAUCGGUGACAGAAAGCAAGGGGGAUGAGGCUGAUGAUGAAAGAAGUGAAUUGAUCAGUGAAGGCCGUCCUAUGGAAACGGACAGUGAAAGUGAUUUCCCCGUCUUUGCUACAAGUUCUGCUGCUGAAAGGAUAUUCAGGGGGAAAAUGCAAGAAGUGCCAAAAACAAAUCGGAGGAACUCCGAAGAAAGCGAAGUAAGUUGUACUGAGGGAAGUUCAACACCAAAGUUAGACAGCCGCAGACUGUUUAGCUCUCAUAAACUUAUUGAAUGUGAUACGCUAUCUAGAAGAAAGUCUGCCCGGCACAAAACAGAUAGCGAAGGAUCAGGGGAUGCCAAGAAUGAGAAGGAGUCGCCUGCAAUGACCAGAAUGUUUGAUAUAAUGAAAAAAGGAAGAUCAACAAGCAGUUUAACUACAUCAACUAGAAGUGAAACUGAAAAACAAGAACCUACGUGGAGACUUAAAAUAACAGACAGAUUAAAACUGCGUCUCAAAGCAUCUGCAGAUGAUAUGUUUGGUAUAGGAAAUCAAAAAUCUAGCUCUGCAGAGACCUCAAAGAGAAAAAAUAUCAGGCGAAGGCAUACACUUGGAGGGCAGAGGGAUUUUGCGGAAAUAAGUGUUUUGAACGCAUGGAAAGCUCAAGAGCAGGGUCAAAGUAGAGAGAGAGAAUCUGAGCUUUCAGCUGUGAAUCGGUUGAAGCCAAAAUGUCCAGCCCAGGACCUCUCAAUUUCAGAGUGGCUUGCACGGGAACGUUUACGCACUAGCACAACUGACCUUAAUACGGGUGAAACUGGAGAGCCCAAACUUGAGAACACUAGCUUAACAGAUGUAUCAAAGGCAGAUCUGCCUUUAUCUGCAGAGAUGCAGGCAGAUGAAGGCAGUUCUUCUAGCAGCUUGACUUCGAUCAAUAGAACACCCCCUCUGUCAGGACCACUCCAGCCUCCUGACCAGGUAAAUGGUGAAACUUAUCAGAGCAUGAACAAAAGCAGCUUCAGUGCAGCAGUUGAUGCCCAUCCUCAUAAACUCUCUGGGACCCAGGUGGUUAGAUCUCGAUUUUACCAGUAUCUUUGAAAUGGGGAAAGGUCCACUACAGCUUACUGUUACACUUCCCAAUAACUCUGUAUAUAUUUUCCUGUACUGUUGUCUUUAUGCAGCCUUCAUUUGGGCUGGUUUCAUCCAUAUGCACUGUGGAAAGUCUUUCACAGUGCAUUACUACAGCCAGAAGAACAUUUUAAAAAAAGUUAAAAGUAUAUAUCUAUUUUAAGAAAAAGUAUAUUUGAUGGCUGCAUACAAAUGUUGAACAAAGCAUCUGAUGCAACAUGCUAUGUAGUGUGUAUAUGGUUUUAUGACUGAAAGUUGGUCUGGCAUUAGUAUGCAGAAAAAUUGUUCUUUUGGGUUAGUCACGAACAAGUGCCUCAUCAUAAAUUCAUUUGGUUUGUUAGGGUGCCAUAUUGUUAAUUGUUAAAUUAGAGAAACAUACUACAAACAAACGAACGAACGCAUUUUAUUGUUAACAAAUUUCAUUACAUUUUACAGAUUUUAACACAGGUGGAUACAGAGCUUCCAUUCUUUAGGCAUUCCAGUUGGAUCUCUGAGUUUUAUAUUCCAAUUUUAAUACAGUUUGUGUUUUAUGUGACUUGAAUUUUUAAUCUUUCUGUAAAAUAAGUAACUUAAAUGUACAUAUUACAUGUGUAUCUUUUCUUCAGAUACCAGAUUUGAUAUAAAUGUUGUAACAUAGGCGUGUAGAUAGUGGAUCCUGGAUGGAACUGGUUUCUUUUAUUGAGAAGAAUAUAAUUCUGCAUGAAGACUUAAUGAAUUCAAACUUGUAUCAUGCCUGUGUGCAUCUACUUAAACACUGGAAAUAAAAUUGUUUUUGUGA